AUGAAGUUCCCUUGGCAAAAGAAACCCUUACAGCCUGAGAGAGCAACCAAUCCCUCUACACCAUCCUCUCCGGAGAAGUCAAUAGAACCGCACCCACCGCAACAACCUCAAGAUGGAGAGACACGCGUUAUUCCUGUCCCCGAGGAUAAGCAGUCCAAUCCACGAACCUCUUUGGAGCGUUCUGAAGCCGCUGAAGAACCUGUCGCAGACACAGACCAGAGCAGAACUGCGGAGGGUAAAGAGGCUGAAACAGAUCUUGUCUUUACAGCAUCAAGAACCACGCAGCCUUCCAGCGUGGGUGAGGCUGGAGAGGAUGACGAGUCAAAAUAUCCAAAAACGCUCCCCUUAGUACUUUUGACGUUUGGUCUGUGUAUGUCUACAUUUGUGGUGGCGUUGGAUAAUACCAUCAUUGCGACUGCUAUUCCGAGGAUCACGACAGUUUUCGACUCUCUAAAUGACGUUGGUUGGUAUGGUUCUUCCUACCUUUUGACCACUACCUCCCUUCAGCCUAGCUUCGGAAAGGUGUACACCUAUUUCAACAUCAAAUGGACGUACAUUGUUGCAUUGAUCAUAUUCGAGAUCGGCUCCGUCAUUUGCGCUGCUGCCGUCAAUUCUACCAUGUUGAUUGUUGGACGGGCGGUGGCGGGCGUCGGUGCCGCUGCACUGUUUUCAGGAGCCAUGACUAUAAUCGGCUUCUCGGUCCCUCUUCGGAAACGGGCAAUUUACAUUGCCAUGCUGUCCAGCAUGUUUGGCAUAUCUUCUGUAGUAGGACCAAUCCUGGGCGGAGCCUUUACGGAUCGCCUGUCCUGGCGGUGGUGUUUCUGGAUCAACCUGCCUCUUGGGGGCAUCGCUAUCGCAGUCGUCUUUUUCUUCUUCAAGAAUCCGGAACGAAAGCACAACAAGCUUACCACCAAGGAAAAGAUUGGUGAAAUCGAUCUGUUGGGAGCCUUUUUCUUGAUCUGCGCCAUUGUCUGCCUUCUUCUAGCCCUCCAGUGGGGUGGAAGCGUGUAUCCGUGGAGCAACUCCAGGGUGUGGGGCACUCUUCUUGGAGGCGGCCUGAUCACCAUCGUCUUCUGCUACCUGCAAUACAAACGGGGAGACCGAGCCACGAUCCCUCCACGCAUCUUGCUUAAGCAGAGAACUGUCCUUGCUUGUGCCUUAUUCUACCUUCCGUUCUACUUCCAAGCGGUCAAAGGAACCACAGCCGAAGGAUCCGGGAUUCGUACUAUCCCCUAUCUGGUAAGUACUACGCUGGCGUCUAUCGUGGUUGGUGGCAGCAUCACAGCGAUAGGGCCGUAUGUUCCCUUCACCUGGGCUGGCUCCGUUAUCUUUGUUAUUGGCUCUGGCAUGCUCUACACUUUGAAGGUCAAUUCCAGCACUGGCAUGUGGAUAGGAUAUCAGAUUCUGGCUGGUGCUGGUGCUGGCGCCUGUGUGCAGAUCCCGUUCAUCGCCACACAAGUCGUGUUGAACAAGAAAGACAUGCCGUCAGGAAAUGCUGUAGCAAUUUUCUUCAACACGCUAGGCGGAGCAAUCGCGAUAUCAAUCGCACAGAACAUCUUCUCGAAUACUCUGAUUAGCCAAAUUCCAAGAUUCACCAGGAACAUUGACCCUGCCAUGAUCAUAGGGGCUGGGGCAACCAAUAUUCGGGCUGUCACGCCACCUGAGGAGCUGCCGGGCGUGCUCGAGGCAUACAAUGUUGCUGUUACCAGGACUUUCAUCCUGCCAAUCGCUUGCGCAGGGGUCGCUUGCUUAUGCUCCUUGUUGUUCGAAUGGAGGAGCGUGAAAGGCAAGAAGUUGGAAAUGGGUGCCGCGGCUUAA